CUUUCUCCGACUCUGUCUCCAACAACUUCCUUCUCUCCCCUCACUACUUUCUCUCCACGUAACCGAACCGAGUCAUCAUGGCCAAGAAGAAGAACAACAACGAGAACAAAGGAGAUGGUGGCGGCGAGAAGAAAACGGCGUCUAUCACUGUCGUUUUGAAGGUCGAUAUGCAUUGCGAAGGUUGCGUUUCCAAAAUCGUCAAGUGCGUUCGUUCUUUCAAAGGCGUUGAGACGGUGAAAUCAGAGUCAGAGACAGGGAAGUUAACAGUGACCGGAGAAGUAGAUCCGGCAAAACUCCGGGAGACACUCGCAGAGAAGACAAAGAAGAAAGUCGAGUUGGUUUCUCCUCAGCCCAAAAAGGACAAAAACAAAAGCGAUGAAGACAAAAACAAAGAAAAGAAAUCAUCUGAGGAUAAGAAACCCAAAGAGGCUCCGGUAACAACGGCGGUGUUGAAGCUGAACUUCCAUUGUGACGGUUGUAUCGCUAACAUCCAAAAGACUGUCACUAAAACCAAAGGUGUCCAUGGGAUGACAAUGGAUAAAGACAAGCAACUGGUUACAGUUAAAGGAACAAUGGAUGUGAAAAAGCUCGUGGAGAGUUUGUCGGAGAAGCUGAAACGUCCGGUGGAGAUUGUGCCGCCGAAGAAGGAUAAAGACAAAGAGAAGGAGUCUGGCGAUAAGAAGAAAGGCGGCGAGGGGGUGAACAUGAUGGAGUACGUGGCGGCUCAGCCUUAUUACGAGUCAGCGUAUUACCCGGGUGGGCCAUAUGGGUACUAUCCGGUUCAGGCCCACGCGCCUCAGAUGUUCAGUGAUGAGAAUCCUAAUGCUUGCGUCGUUAUGUGAGGGCGGCGGGAAGAAAAAAUAUUGGAGAGAGAUAACAGUUGUAAAUGUGCUUAGGGUAUUUUGGGGAAACUCUAGUUUAUUUCUUUAGUUUGGUAACUUUUUUUUUGGUUUUCUACUACAGUUUCGGUUUUGAAAACUUCCUUUUUUAUAUGAGCGUUUUUUUAGUUUUUUGAGUUAAGAUAUGCAAAUAUUUCUCACGGUUAAGAACAUUUUAGUGUGCUUGUUCCUAUAGUCUAGUUUCAAUUGGGAAUAUUAUAAUAAAU